CAAAGCCUUAUGAAAUAGUAGCUUAUAUGAAUGCUUGCGCUAUGUUUGUCUGAAGGGCGGGAAAAUUGGGGCCUGUUGUAUUUGUUGUACAGUCGUUUAAACUAUUUUACUAGAUGAGUGUUAUAUGCAUGAAUCAUUGCUCUUCACUCCUCCAAAGAACUCUUGACUCUGUCAAUCUACUUCAAGGCCUCUCGAAUCGUGAUGAAUCUGCUAGGCAUGAAGCGGCUGUUACUAUUCAACGUAUAUUUGAUUCGUGGUAUUUUGGCUUUGGUAGUCCUGCUGUCGCUGGUUUCUUAGAGACUGUGGCCAAUGAUACCGGCGGGGCUACUCUAGAUACUUCCAUGCACGGUUUGAUUACAGAGCAGAUUCCAGAUCUUUUAAGAAUUUUGCAUACCGCCCCAUCAUCUGAUAUACGGUCUGCUGCUAGAGAUAUCUUGCGUGAUUUAAAGAUUCAGAAGGGGUUCAAAAUUCCAAAUACUGUUACAUCCUCUCCUAGUUUUAUUCAGUCUCUAAAUAUGGACCAUAUGAAAUGCCUGGUCGAUGAUCCAAGUGAAGGGGAUCCUUUUUACACUACUUAUAUCUUGUUUCGUGAGUAUUGGUUUCAAUGGGGACGCCUAAACAAUUACAUCAAUGUAAUGGGGUAUCAUCCUGAAUAUCUUGAAUGUUACAUGAAAUUAAAGGAUCAUCUUUUCCGUGGUGACUUGCCAUUACCAUAUCCAGAUCGUUACUAUAUAGCCAUUAUUGCAGCUGCACAACAACGGUGUAUUUACCUAGUUCUUUUUUUCGUGCGUCAAUUCAUUAGUUCUGGUGGCCCUUUGUCGUGGUUACAGGGAGUACAGUAUGGACCCCCAAAGUGGCGCCAACUAUGUGGGUUGAACAGGGAUCUCUCAGAUCGUCCUUGGAAGAUUACAGCUGAUGAUAUUUACAACCUAACGCAUGGAGGAGAUUCGAAUCCAUUAAAAGAAGCUUUAUCAUUAUCUGAAUUAAUGCAUGUUGUAGCUAUCCUGUCUCAUGUUCACGCUUUAGCUUGUUUCAUAUUUGGUUGUGGGAUUCGUCCUGAAAUUGAUAAUUAUGAUGGAUUAAUAAAUCUAAAUGUAGAUAAUUGUAAUGAAGCAUACAUAUAUAACAAUCAAACUAGCAAUGGAAGUUCUCAAAAUAAUCUUCAUGGUUCCGAAAAUGGGAGUACAUGUUCCUGUUUAGUUGAACCAUGGGACGAUCAUAUAUCAGAAAACGGAAAUAAUAAUCAUCAGGACUCACACAAUGAUGAACCGUCUGAUGUAGAUGGAAAAUUACGAGCUUCCAAAUUACUGGAAAUCAUCCAGACGGAAGAUUUAAGUUGGGAAGAUGUCGCAGAAGAUAUUGUUGCUGAACAAUUUUUAACCGCUAUCAUAUCUAAUAAUCAAUUGGAUUCUGAAGCUGUCUUCCCAUCAAAUAAUAUGAUGAAGCAUAUUGAAAAGCUCUCUUAUCAUCCACUCAUCUCACGUUUCUUAGAUUCUCCACAUUCUGGUUACAGAAAUUUCGAUGCUCGUCCAUUUCAUGCAACUGAGUAUUCAUGGCAAGAAGAAGGAUUACCUCUAGCUGAUCGUCUGUGCACUGAGCUAGGUUCCCUUUUGGAUGAGAAAUUCCGAAAUGCUUAUGAUUUGACUUAUAAUACUCUAAACGGGAUUCAAAACGUCGAUACAUCUCUUUAUCGUCGUACAGUUUGGAAUGAAGUGCAAAGUUUUUUCGGUAUAUGUCAUGAUGAUUUUCGUUAUGAUCGUGUAAAUCGUUUGUUAACUAAUUCACAACGUGCCUAUUUAAAAUUAUGUUCCACUUUCCCAGUUGCUGUUUAUACAAUACAAAAUCUCAAAUUUGAAAAUAUUUUCCCUGCCCUAUCAUCUUCAGAAAUGAUUCAUGUGAUCCUUAUGAUUAUUGAGGCUAGGCAACAAGCUUGUUUAUCGUAUAUCCUUCGAGCGGUUUCUCAAUGUCAAGUCAGAAACAAUUGAAUAUAUAUAUAUAUAUAUAUAUAUAUAUAUAUAUAAUGUAUUUCUCCAUCAAUAUUUUCGAACAGUUGACUACACCUCUGAACUAUGGUUAUCAUGUUGAUUGUUCACCUGACAUACAUGGAUUAAAAACAAAGUAUUCAACUUAUUUCAUUCCCCAUUCUUAUUCCACUGAUGCAUUUGCACUCACUCAGAAUACUUUCAUUCAUUUAAGUGAACUAAUUCUCUCCGUUUUUGGAUAAUUCAUUACAUGACAGUUUGUUAACGCCAUCAUUAUUUGUUUCUUCGUGUUAUUUAUUUGUUUCUCUAUUCGGAUGUUCUCUAUUUUUUCAGUUCUCAGUUACUUCACCGUUGUCCUUUUUUCUUUGAGCUUAAAUUAAGAUAUUGGUAGCUUUUUCAGCGUCAAGUACAUAUUAUAUACCAUUCUUGUAUUUUGGCCUUUUUAACCUUUUACUGUGAUUAUUUUAAACAAGGCUCUAUAUUUGUAUCCCCUCAUGUAUGGCAGUUCAACUACUUAAAAAAGGAAGGUAACAGUUAAAGUGCGUACUCGGUUGAACCGUGUGUUUUUGCAAAAUUAUCGACCACGUAACUCUGUCAGUUAAGCUUGUAAAAGUCCAUGCCUGUGUCCAUAUUAAAUGGGAGUGAACUUAUUCUUCAUCGCGCUUGAGAGUAUCGCUAUGUGUUUGUUAUUGUCCAUUUACUGUUCGGUACGGAUUGUUAUUUUGUCGAUCAUUGUUCACUAUCCUCUCUCAUCGUGAUUUUACGCUGACAGUCAAAUAAUGUUCUGUUUACGUAUGAAGAAAGCUACUUCACAGUUUACCAACCUUCGAUUUUUUAAACGAUCAUUUUUAUUUUCCCUUCUACUCCCCAGUUUAUGGUGCAUUAAUUUAAGAAAAGUUUAUUGCUUUUAUUCUUCAGAAUCAUGUUUAAUAUACUCAUAUACAUUUACCUAUUUGUUGUUUAGUUAUGACUAUAUUGCCUAUCCUGAAACUUCUUGACGUUAUUGUUUUCUUGUUUCUCUCUGUAUUUUCCCAUAAUCAUAAUUAUACAUACAUGUAAUUUUAUUGGUCGAGUGUAGAAUUGGAAACAGUUUUUCGUGGUUUUUUUCUCUCUAUAUUCAAAAAUAUAUGCGAGUUUUCUUCUGUGACUUUCGUUUUUCCCCAACUCUUUUCUUCUCUCUUCUCUCUGUAGUUUUUGUCAUCUAUCUGUUAACGUUAAUAUUUUACCACAAAGCAAAAUGAAAAAUGACAUAAAAAAGACUUCAACAAAUACUAAUUAAUGGUCACUGGAAACGUCUUGUUUUAUUUUUUAAGUACUUUUGUUUAAAAUGUGAUUUGUCGGUGCAUUUCGUUCGAGCACAAGUUACAAGAACCAUUGUGUCCAUAGAUAUUAGAUUUUUGUGAUUCAAUUUGAGCGUUUUCACACAUGUAUUGGUGUUUUCUAUGUGAAAAGCCACAUAAUUUAUAUACGAUUGUGAAAUCUUAAUAUGAUAGCAUGUAAUUUUAAAGCCACCAGUAGUCUAUAAGGAAUUUCCAAAAUGACAAUAAUAUAUGCAGUAGCACCAAAACUUACAGCUUGCUGACCUUUACCUGACCAUGAGUUUAAUAAAAGAGGUUUUUUUUAUCAUUUCUUCUAGAAGUAAUAAUCACUAAAUAACUAAUUGUAAACUAGAACCAAAGAUAAAUCGACAUAUGUUUCGCACCUAUUUCCAAAAAUCUAUUCUCCAAUGAUUAAUAAGCGAAUUUUGGAGGAGUGACUGCCCUGUCAUCACUUUGUACAUUCAGCCACAUUAGUCUAUUAAGUAACCAUCUCUGUAUUAUCAACCAAAUGCUCUGUCAUAGUCGCG